AAAUCAACUAACAUUCAUCCAACAACUCAAACUGUAUUUGCAUACAGGUUGAUCAGUGCUGAGCAAGAAUGCCUAGGGAUAGAGAACCUCUUAGUGUUGGCCGUGUUAUAGGGGACGUGUUGGACCCCUUCACAAGAUCUAUCUCCCUCAGGGUCAAUUACAAUUCUAGAGAGGUUAACAAUGGUUGUGAGCUCAAACCCUCUCAUGUUGUCAACCAGCCCAGGGUUGAUAUCGGUGGGGAAGAUCUAAGGACCUUCUACACUCUGGUUAUGGUGGACCCUGAUGCACCCAGCCCAAGUAACCCAAACCUCAGAGAAUACUUGCAUUGGUUGGUGACUGAUAUUCCAGCAACUACCGGGGCAAACUUUGGGCAAGAGGUUGUGUGCUACGAGAGCCCAAGGCCGACAGCGGGAAUUCAUCGGUUUGUUUUUGUGUUGUUUCGGCAACUAGGCAGGCAAACAGUGUAUCCCCCUGGGUGGCGCCAGAAUUUCAACACCAGGGACUUUGCUGAACUUUACAAUCUAGGGUCGCCAGUGGCUGCUGUUUAUUUCAACUGCCAGAGGGAGAGUGGCUCCGGUGGAAGGAGACCUUGAGAGAAAGAUUCCCUUCAAUCCCGAUGGUGGAAGGAAGGAGGACUAGCCCAUCUCUCUCUCUCUCUCUCUCUCUCUCUAUAUAUAUAUAUAUAUAUAUAUAUGGCUGCUUACACAAUAUUAUCUAGCUUCCGCUAUGAUCCCCAAUGAAAAUGUCUAAGUACAUCAAGAUAUCAAUAAAAUGGGGAAACUAUGAUUA